ACUUCAGGGUUAUCUAAAUUCUAUCAAUUCGUUUAAACAAUGAAAUAAAUAAAAUAAAAUAAUAUUCUUGAGUUAAUCGUGGUCCUUUGAUUGUUCAAUGAACUGUGUGAAAAAAUACUUCUAAGCUGGAGAAAUAUAAAUACAGUUUGAGUGGUCUUGGAACGUUUCCUGUCACCCGAUAUUUAGAAUGAAACAGCUUAUUAUUACUCAGGAGAACCAAGAGAUUAAAAAUUCAGCGGUCGAAGAUGUUGGAAAUUGCUAUAGCCACAGUUCAAACUAUCUUGUGGAAAAUGUUAGCUAUAACGAACAAUUGUCCAGUAAGCAAGAUGUUGAAGUUAUUGAUAUGAACAUGAGUAAUCAUAAGGAAAAUGGGAAGCUAGAAGAAAAUCGCUCAAAUUUAUGGCUACACGAUGAAUUAGAUGAACCUGAACCUACAAGAUAUUUAUGGUUUCGUGAUGAAUAUAGUGAAUCAACUGAAUGUGAAGAAGCUUGGUUUGACGCUGAAGAAGAACUUCCAGAUGAACGCUUUCAUGAGGCUGCUGAUGAUCGGCAUGAUGAGGCAUGGAAACACAAUUUAAAACAAUAUUGCAAGAUUGUGAAGUACAAGAAGCUUCAAUCGAAAGUUUUGAAGGAAUUAAAGAAAAGUUGGACCAGAAUACAAUAGAAGAUCUUACCGAUGGACAAAUAUAUAAAAAAUUAUCAACUGGGAAUAAUCCCUUAUCUAAUAAUUUUAAUUUAACAUAUACAUUUAAUACAGAUGGUUGUCAAGCAUCAAAAUUGAGUAAAAUUUCAACCUGUUCCAUCUAUGCAAUUAUAAAUGAAUUGCCUCCUAAGCUACAGACUAAGCAUAUGAUUUUGUGUGGUAUAUGGAUUAAUGAGAAAGAACCGAAUAUGCAAUUAUUUUUGAAACCAUUUGUUGAUCAGGGGAAUAAAUUAUCGGAGCAAGGCAUUCAAUGGAAAUUAGGAGAUAUAAUGGUAGUCAGCAAAUUUAUCCCAAUAUGUGCUGUUGUUGAUUCAGUAGCGAGAUGCAAGCUAUUAAAUAUGAAAAAGUUUAAUGGUUUAUAUGGAUGUACAUUUUGCGAGCAUCCAACAGAAUCUGUUGAUGGAUAUAGAAAAUUGACAGUAUCCACAACGAUUCCUCCAGAUCGUACUGAUGCGUCUAUCAACAGCAAUAUGGUACUCACGAGUCAGAGUGAAUAUGAGAAAGAUGUUAUGGACGUCUGGGGACCAUCAUCGCUAAUGAAUUUGAAAUAUAUUGAUUUAGCUGAUGGGAUGUCCCCAAACUAUAUGCAUGCUUUUUUAUUGGGUGCAGUGAAACAGCACACAGAUAUAUUGUUAACAUCCUUCGGUAAAGAAUAUUACGUCGGUAGUCCAAAUCAGCUACAGAUUAUUAAUGAGAGAAUUAUAUAGCUGAAAAAGUUGUAGAAAAGGUGACAGUUUGCUGUGAAAAGUUAUGAGGAAAAUCGAUCAGUACGUGUUUUUUGUAAAUCGACAAUUCAUACUUAAAAUUUGAAAUUUCAAUAGUAGCGUGGUUCAAACAAAUUUUUUUUUAUUUUUUACUGAAAAGAUGUCUAAAAACAAACAUAUUUUGUCUCUAUGAAAAGUUUAUUUAAACCACUUUUUGCGAAGUUAUAGGCGUUUGAAAAAAAAAUCUCUAUUUUUUACAAAAUUUGAUAUCUCGAUAAUGGUUGGAGGAAAAAAUUUGAAAAAAAUCAUGAGGGCCUCUUUCAACCUAUACUAAAAGAUAAAAAAGUUUCAAAGAAAUCCGAGAUGCAAAAGCUAAAAAGUGUCCGAUUUGGCGUGGAACGCCCCAUAUAUAACAAUGGUGCGAGGAAAAAAUAUUUUGCAGUUUACCUUUAAUUAUCAUGACGAAUGACAUAAUCAAUCAUGAUUAUUCUUUUUAACGUUAUAAAAAUCGUUGCAGAAGUGAAGAAUA